UCCAAGAACCAGAUACUAAGACAACAACAUGGCUCACCUCUCCUUCCUCGUAUCUUUCCUCCUCGUUUCAUCAGCCUUCCACGGAAUCCAUGCCGUGGAGUACAUUGUCUCCAACACGGUGCCCAACACCGAAGGCGGGGCCCGCUUUGCGAACGAGCUCGGCGAUGACUACGCCCGGCAAACCAUGAUUUCUGCGACCGACUUCAUAUGGCAGCUGUUCCAACAAACCUCCGAGGCCGACCGCAAGAGCGUGGCCCGUGUGACCCUAGUGAUCGACAACUACGAUGGGAUCGCGUAUGCCAGCAACAACGAGAUUCACAUGGGCGCCCCAAACUACCUCAAGAACAUCAAGGGCGACAUUAAGGAGGAUUUCAACGGGGUGCUGUACCACGAGAUGACACAUAUAUGGCAAUGGGACGGGAAGGGGAAAGCGGGGAAAUUGGUCGAGGGGGUGGCAGAUUUCGUGCGCUUAAAGGCUAACUACGCGCCAGCUAGCUGGCCGAAGCGUGGAUCAGGGACCAACUGGGAUGAGGGUUACGCAGUCACGGCCUAUUUCUUGGACUAUUGCGAGAGUUUGCGAGGCGGGUUCGUUGCCGAGCUCAACAAGAAGAUGAGAGAUGAUUACAGCAAUGACUUCUUUGUGCAGUUACUGGGGAAGACGGUUGAUCAACUAUGGAGCGAGUACAAGGCCAAGUACGGAAAUUAGCUGGCCAUGAAUUGGGGCGUUUUAUCCACACCUAGAAUAAGACGUGAUAUUGAGAAUAAGAAUUAGGAACACGUCCUGUUUCCACGGGAUGGAACGAAUAUUACCUUAACACAUUCCUAUGGAUCUACAAGGAUGUGCUACUCUAUUCAUGACCAAUGUGCUACGCUUUUUCGUACUUUUAGCUUCCUUCUCUAAUCUUUACAAUAAAUGCAUAUUAACAGUUAAUAUCA